CACCUGGCCCCCGCGGCCCCUUCCCCAUCCCUGCAGCCGGAGCGGGGCGCUCCGAGGGCCUGGAGCGCGGCCGGGUCUAAUAUGCCCGGAGCCGCGGCGCGAUGAAGGAGAAGUCCAAGAAUGCGGCCAAGACCAGGAGGGAGAAGGAAAAUGGAGAGUUUUACGAGCUGGCCAAGCUGCUCCCGCUGCCGUCGGCCAUCACCUCGCAGCUGGACAAGGCGUCCAUCAUCCGACUCACCACCAGCUACUUGAAGAUGCGGGCUGUCUUCCCCGAAGGUUUAGGAGACGCGUGGGGACAGCCGUGCCGCGCCGGGCCCCUGGACAGCGUCGCCAAGGAGCUGGGAUCGCACUUGCUUCAGACUUUGGAUGGAUUUGUUUUCGUGGUAGCGUCUGAUGGCAAAAUCAUGUAUAUAUCGGAGACAGCUUCUGUACAUUUGGGCUUGUCGCAGGUGGAGCUCACGGGCAACAGCAUUUAUGAGUACAUCCAUCCUUCCGACCACGACGAGAUGACAGCGGUCCUCGCGGCCCACCAGCCUCUUCACCAUCACCUGCUCCAAGAGUAUGAGAUCGAGAGGUCGUUCUUUCUGCGGAUGAAGUGCGUCCUGGCAAAAAGAAAUGCAGGCCUGACGUGCAGCGGCUACAAGGUCAUCCACUGCAGCGGCUACCUGAAGAUUAGGCAAUAUAUGCUGGACAUGUCCCUGUACGACUCGUGCUACCAGAUUGUGGGGCUGGUGGCCGUGGGCCAGUCGCUGCCGCCCAGUGCCAUCACAGAAAUCAAGCUGCACAGUAACAUGUUCAUGUUCAGGGCCAGCCUCGACCUGAAGCUGAUAUUCCUGGAUUCCAGGGUGACCGAGCUGACCGGGUAUGAGCCGCAGGACCUGAUCGAGAAGACCCUCUACCAUCACGUGCACGGCUGCGAUGUGUUCCACCUCCGCUACGCGCACCACCUCCUGCUGGUGAAGGGCCAGGUCACCACCAAGUACUACCGGCUGCUGUCCAAGCUGGGCGGCUGGGUGUGGGUGCAGAGCUAUGCCACCAUCGUUCACAACAGCCGCUCGUCCCGGCCGCACUGCAUCGUGAGUGUCAAUUAUGUCCUCACGGAUAUUGAAUACAAGGAGUUGCAGUUGUCCCUGGACCAGGCGUCGACGUCCAAGUCCCAGGACUCCUGGAGGACUGCCUUGUCUACCUCACAAGAAACUAGGAAAUUAGCGAAGCCCAAAAAUACAAAGAUGAAGACAAAGCUGAGAACAAACCCUUACCCCCCACAGCAAUACAGCUCGUUCCAAAUGGACAAACUGGAAUGCAGCCAGCUGGCAAACUGGAGAGCCAGCCCCCCGGCGACCGCCCCGGCACCCCCAGAACAGCAGCUCCAUUCAGAAAGCAGCGACCUUUUGUACGCCCCGUCCUAUAGCCUGCCCUUCUCCUACCAUUACGGACACUUCCCUCUGGACUCUCAUGUCUUCAGCAGCAAAAAGCCAAUGUUGCCGGCCAAAUUCGGGCAGCCCCAAGGAUCCCCGUGUGAGGUGGCACGCUUUUUCCUGAGCACGCUGCCAGCCGGUGGUGAAUGCCAGUGGCAUUAUGCCAACCCCCUAGUGCCUAGCAGCCCGUCUCCAGCUAAAAACCUUUCUGAGCCGCCAGUGAACAGUGCUCGGCACGGCCUGGUGCCAAACUACGAAGCGCCCGCCGCCGCCGCGCGCAGGUUCGGCGAGGACACCGCGCCGCCGCCGCCGCCGAGCUUCCCGAGCUGCGGCCACUACCGCGAGGAGCCCGCGCUGGGCCCCGCCAAGGCCGCCCGCCCGGCCGCCCGCGAUGGGGCGCGGCUGGCGCUGGCCCGCGCGGCUCCCGACUGCUGCGCGCCGCCGGCCCCCGAGCCCCCGGGCGCGCCUGCGCAGCUGCCCUUCGUGCUGCUCAACUACCACCGCGUGCUGGCCCGGCGCGGGCCGCUGGGGGGCGCUGCGCCCGGCGCGCCCGCCCUCGCCUGCGGCCCCGGCGCCCCCGAGGCGGCGGCCGGCGCGCUGCGGCCCCGGCCCCCCGGCCCCGCCGCCGCCUCCCCGCCCGGGGCGCCGCUGCCGCACUACCUGGGCGCCUCAGUCAUCAUCACCAACGGCAGGUGACCUCGCGCCGGGCUGCCCGCAGGGAGAAGCCAGAGGCCGGGCCGCCGCGUGCAGCCGAGCUGGAGAUGCACGGUUUAAAUUAAUUUAUGCAGAGACGACUAUUUUAAUAGGACUCGGCGGCCGACUUCUAGAUUUUUACGUAGAGCCCCGCAAACGCCGGGGCUGGGGUGGGAGGGCCCGGGUCCAGCGGGGGGGAGGGGCGCUCAGCUCGGCCCCUCCCCCCGCGGCCCCCGCGGGACCUCAAGCUGCAAUGCCCCCCCUCCCCGGAGCGCCUCGGCUGCAGCGAGCAGAGCCCACCCUGCUAAGAGCCAGACGGGGCGGGGGGGGGGGGGGCCUGGAUUCAGGGCGCUCCGAGUCCCAAGGCCGGGUGUGACGAUCGAAGUCCCGGGAGCCGACAGCACACGGCGGACGUCUGCAAAAGCCAUGCACGCGUCUCCUGAAAAGCCGGUGUCUUUUUUUUUUUUUUUUUUUUUUUUUUUUACCGUUAAGCCUGUUUUCAGUUCCACCAUCAGCGAGCCGAGACCAAGGGAGGGAAUGCACCGGGUGUGCUUCGCAAGUUCAUUCACGAGCUUUGACUUCCUCCCCGCCCCCCUCCCCGUGAACUCCUGGUACCACCAAGAAUAGCACCUUCAGGAUGUAUCGAAUAGGCAUUAAAUGCAGAAAUAGAGAGAGCCAGAUAUUUUUCUGAGAAUGACAUGUGGAUGAUUAGGUGCCCAAGGCGACUGGCUCCCCCUGUCAGGUUUGAUUACGAGGCAACAUCCCUCUGGCCCACACAGACCUUGUAAUUCCCUAGGCUCGUGUUUGCUACUAGAAAUGCUAAUAAAAGUUAGUUAAAUUGCAUGUGCAAUAUGGAGAAUUGUCAAUGGACUGUGCCCUCGUGGAAGAGAACUCGCUAGAGGGUUGGUAGAGCAAUGGUGUAUACAUUUUCUUCAGCAUUUCCUGCAUUUCCUGCAUAGCAAGAACAUGCCCUGUAUGUAACAGGUGAACAGAAGUCCUUUUAUAAAGCACCAGCAGUGUUUUAAAAAAUAAACUUCCAUGCAUUUUUGUCUUACUCUUCUAUUUUUGCUUCAAGAUUUCACCAUCUAAAAAUCCGACCGUGGCUCUGACGGGGAUCGGUGCAGUGAGCCGCCGUUCUUUCAAUGGGCUCCGCGCUACAAACCCUCCAUCAUUUCACUGCUUCGGAAAUGGUUUUCUUUUAGGAAACUCUGCGCCCCUCUCAGUGGAAAGGGUUUCUGCAAAUGUCUUUAAUUCGGCGUUCUAGAAUCAAAGUGCAAUCUAUAAUUGUUCACAACAUGUGAAAUGAUGGCUUGCCAGCCUAGUGUCACACUGAGGGUCUGCGUCAUUCUUAGCAGGGCCUCGGCAGCCUUAUGGUAGGGGGUGAAAUUUGCAAAUUUAGGAACAUCUGUGGGGCAGCAAAGGGCUGAUUCAAAAGAAUCCAAGGCCAACACCUCUAUCCCGCACUUACCUAUACCUCAUUAGCAGCACUUUGUGCACACAGAAAAUAAGCCCGGGGUAUUAUUUUUUUAUGCUCACAAGUCUCGUCAUUAAACCACGAUUCCUGGAAGGUGCAGGUUUGAUGAGCAGAUCUCACCUGACAUUUUUCAAUAAACUACCACAAAAUGCA